GAUCGAGCUCCAAAGUCAAUCGAUUUUAGGAUCGCCAGCGAGUGCGUGGCCGCGAAGCAUUUCGUGAACGCGUGGAGGACAAACGGCGAAACGCGUCAAAACCUUGCAUACCAGAAGAUGGCUUACAACGUCGCGACCCCGUUCUGCACAAAACUGCGGCGAGAGCUCGAUCAGAUGACGCAUAGUGCGCUUUGCGCGGAUGCCAUGGGUGUCGUAGAUGCGCACAGCCUCCUGGGUGAUUUGCGUCAGGGGGUUCCCCCUGCUGCGGCUUCAGGAGGGGGGCACGCCCUGACUGCGUCAGGAGGUGCCACGAAUGUGGAAGGGCCGCCGAACGCUGCCUGGUGGACUUGGGAAAGCAAUCGCGUGCUGAAGG